GGCAACAUUGCCCGAGACAGUCUGGCCGAUCUGACAGUGAAACGUUACAAAUUUAAACGCCUCUAAUCUUCCCGAGGAAAACGCUGAAAUUGUGGAAAAUGCAAAGGAAGGGUAAACCCGAUGUCGAGCUCGAAGAGCAAUUCAUCCUCAGACUGCCCCAGCGACAGGCAGACUCAAUUCGGACCAUUCUUCGCACCAAGCCGCAAAAGCUGAAAAACACCCUGAAAAUUGACCUCAACAUCGCCACAGGAGUGGGCGCAGUCAUCGUAGGAAGAAAGCGACUGUCGGCUUAUCUCAUUAAACUGCCCACAAUCGUGGAAUCCUACAAGACAAACAUCGUUGGCGACCGUUCCACUCUGUUCAAAACCGCCGACAUUACAAUGAUUGUGCAAUGCACUGAAGAGCCCCUGAAUCAAUUCACAGCAGAGUCUCCGCACGGGUACACGUUGCCACUGAAAAAUGUAAGGAGGAGACGCUUCAGGAAGACCCUGGUGAAUCCUGAAGUAGCUGAGGAGGCUGAAAUGGUUAACAGGGAGUUGUAUUACUUGCUCAGCACCGAUCUGCAAGCGACUUCCACCAGAUUUGAAGUCCAGUAUGAGAACGGCCCGCCGCAAACGAGUUGCCAAUUCGAGAAGUUGCUGUUUGGACAAGUGUCGUCCAGCGAUUCGGAGAUCGAUGUGGAGGACUAGGAUGGAGAAGACUCCUCAAUUUUUUGUAUUUUUAUUAAGUAAAAACAGACUUCCUCUAAAUUACUCACUAA